AUCGUGCGCAUCCACCGCGACUACGCCACCCCGCGCGAGCGCGACACGCCCACGUUCGUCGACGCGUACCCGGGCUUCCCGCUCUCGCUCUACAUGCGCGAGGGCGAGUUUGCCGAUCUGAUUGCAGAAGUGAAUUACAUGCUCGACCUCGCGUUCUCGCCGCGCGCGUGGGGCAACGUCGUCGACGCGGUGCUCGGCGUCGCGAGUUGCUGGCUCAGCGAGGUGUUUUACAAGUCGUAUCAUAAGCGCAAGAUCCUCGAGCUCGAAGGGUUUCUCGAGGAGCUGAAUGCGGAAGUCUACGCGCCGCGCGGGAUCAGGGUGAUUUCGCUGCGCAGGUCGGCGUUCAUGUCGCUU